UCUCUUGCGUUGCUCGCGUGCGGUUCGCAGUUCGCAGCUGAAAUUUCUGUUGCCCAUUCGUUGGUGUCGCUCGUGCGUCUGUGUACGACGGCCCCGCCGGCACCGAACCGAUCUAAGUUUUUUCGAACGGCAAUAAACAAAUGUCCGAUGCAUAAAUCAAAAAACAACGCGCACAACAAAGUGAUUUUCGCACAGAAAUAGAAUCAAGCCGAGCGCUAAAAUACUCACAUAAAUCGAAAACGUGCGCACACAAAAUAUACAACAACGAAAAAAUAAAGAAAAGCAAAUAAGAGAAGAGAAAAGUAAAAGAAAAGCAAAAAGCGGCGACAGCCACUGAAAAGUUUUUUAUCAAUUUUGCGUCUGGUGUUUUGUUGUUCUAAUUCUUGUUCUUGUUCCUGUUGUUGUUGUUGUUGUUGUUAUUAUUAUUUUUAAACCUUGUACGCAAUUAAUUUAAGUCGCGAAAGCGGAAAAUUUUGCGCAAAAGAUUUGCAACACGUGUUUAUGGUAACAGUGCGUAUGAAAAUUUGUUGCCUGUCUGCGCGGACGCAGCUAUUUUCGUUUAUGCCCCACACACAUACUAAGAGGAGGUGUGUGUGUGUGUUUAUGCGCGCGCGUUAAAUGAAAGCGCAUGUGAGUGCGUGUGUGUGUGCGUGUGUGCACAUGUUUUGAAAAUUCGCUAAUAAAAUUUCGACAAACACAAAACUUCAACGCAAAUGCAUGAAACAGCAACAACUCAAACAACAGCAACACGGAUACUCGCAGCUGCGACAGUGAUACCUAAUAGAGACAUAUUUUACAAGGCACAGCGCUCAAAAUAUCAAAGACAAGCGAAACCCAAUUUCCGCUAGGCAAUCAAUGCAUUGAGCUGCUUUCGGCAUAGACUCAACGCACAUAGCCAGAUCCCUGGCCUAGAGCUGAUCGGCUCCUUAACGGAUUUGCAAGAGAGAAGAGAAAAGGAGACAAAUAUGCUUCAGCAUCCCGCCACAGACUUCUACGAUUUGGCUGCGGCCAAUGCGGCUGCGGUGCUGACGGCCCGGCACACGCCGCCCUACAGUCCGACGGGGCUGAGUGGGUCGGUGGUUGCGUUGCACAACAACAACAACAACAACAACAACAGCACAAGCAAUAAUAACAAUAAUCUCGAUAUGUUGACGCACAACGGUGGAGGCGGCGUGGGCGGUGUGGGCGUGGGUCUGGGCAGCGGCGGCGGCGGCGGGCUGAGUGGCGGCAUCAAUGCCAGCGGACUGCACCUGAGCAGCGGCGGCAGCAACGGCGGCGCCACAGCUACAGCCGGACGCGAGGCACUGCCCAGCUUUGGCUUCACGCAGGAGCAGGUGGCCUGCGUGUGUGAGGUUCUGCAACAGGCGGGCAACAUCGAAAGACUGGGCCGCUUCCUUUGGUCGCUGCCACAAUGUGAUAAACUGCAACUGAACGAAUCUGUGCUGAAGGCCAAGGCGGUCGUCGCAUUCCAUCGUGGCCAGUACAAGGAGCUGUACCGGCUGCUCGAGCAUCAUCAUUUCUCAGCCCAGAAUCAUGCCAAGCUGCAGGCUCUGUGGUUGAAAGCGCAUUACGUGGAAGCCGAAAAACUGCGCGGAAGACCUUUGGGUGCUGUGGGCAAAUAUCGUGUUCGCCGUAAAUUUCCAUUACCCCGCACCAUUUGGGACGGCGAGGAGACGAGCUACUGUUUUAAGGAAAAAUCCCGUUCAGUAUUGAGAGACUGGUAUGCGCACAAUCCGUAUCCAUCGCCACGGGAGAAACGCGACUUGGCCGAGGCCACAGGACUGACCACGACACAGGUUUCCAAUUGGUUCAAGAAUCGACGACAAAGAGAUCGCGCGGCCGAGCAUAAAGACGGCUCUACGGACAAACAGCACUUGGACUCAUCCAGCGAUUCGGAAAUGGAGGGCAACAUGCUUUCCAGUCAAGGCGCACAACAACAACAACAGCAGCAACAACAUGCUAAUGCACCGCACCUCGCGCAUCACUCACAACAGCAGCAACAGCAACAGCAGCAAUCGCCCAGCAGCAGUAACAACAACAACAACAACAGCAACGGCAACGGCAACAGCAACAGUUUGCAUCAGCAUCAACAGCAACAGCAGCAGCAGCUGCAGCAGCAUGUUGCCGCCGAGCAAAGCCUGCAACAUCAUCAGCAUCAGCAGCAUGUUGCCAAUGCAGCGGCCGCCAGCAAAAGCAGCGCUGCUGCCGCCGCUGUCGCUGUCGCCGCCUCCCAAAUGCCGCCCCUCUCUGCCGCCGUUGCCUACUCGCAUCUGCACAGCGUCAUGGGCGCCAUGCCCAUGUAUGAUAUGGGCGAGUAUCAGCACUUAUGAUUCUAGUUGGAGGCUGCUGCUGCAGCCAGUAGCAGCAGCGGCAACAACAUCAACAAUAACAGCAACAACAAC